GGCACGGUGGGAAAUAGGAAGGGGGCAAAAGGCAAUUUCCGACGAUGAGCGAAGCAGAGGCAACUAGCAUCCCGGAAGAUUCAGUUCCGGUGGUGGAUAAGCCAGAGGUCGAGGUGAUCGAGGCUACGGCGGAGACGGCUGUUGGAGGAGCUGAGAGAUGGGUGGAGGAUUUCCAACGGACUGUGAAGGAAUCGACGGAUUCCGCCAUUCGCUCUGCUCGCUCCCUCCGCAACAACUCCUCCUCUCAUUUUCGCUCUCUUCAGGAUUUCAUUCCACAUGCUUUGGUUCAAUACAAGACUUAUGAGAAUGCUUUCUUCAGCAAAGUUACAGAAGAGUUGACAAAUGCAAAGGACCACCCAGCUGCUACUGUUGGGCUUGGAGUUGCAGCUGGUCUCCUUCUUAUGCGAGGCCCUAGAAGGUUUCUGUUUCGCCAGACCCUAGGUCGGUUUCAGAGUGAGGAGGCACGAUAUCUGAAAGUUGAAAAGAACGUACAAGAGUUGAAUAUGACAGUAGAUUUGAUGAAAAAAGAGAGCAGGAAGUUGCUAGAGAGGGCAGCUCUUGCUGAGAAAGAUAUGAAACGUGGCCUCUCUGAGCUGAUGAGCUCCGGGUGUGAGGUGCAACGUCUUGCAAAGUCCGUUUACAAGGUUGAAUCCCAAGCCACAGAUUUAAUGGACGUACUAAGGCAAAUUUCUGGGAGGGAUGCUCUGAAGCUUAGAGCCGAGGUGGCUUCCAUGGCAUCGAUCUUGAGACAGAAGAGGAUUGCCCUGAACAAAAGGAUCAUGAAAAUCUCGGAGUUGGGAGUUCCUGUGUAACAGGACACGUUCACAAUCUCACUUCAUCACCGUGAAGCUUAUUCCCUGGAACUAUCGGUUAACACCUCUGUCAGAGACAAGAAUUCCUUUUUAAGGCCUUUGAAUUGUUGAGAACCAUGCUUUUGGGCACGGAAGAAUAACUUUUAUUGCUGUUGUUUGGAAAUAUUUCUGGUUCUGUUCCUCAGCCUUUCAUUGGAAUAAUAACAGUUUCUUCUAAUUCUA